AACGUUUAUUUAUUCAUGGCACAAUAUGAGUAAAAAUAUAAAACACAAAAUAGUUGAUUGACAAUAACAAUAUUGUCAGUGUUAUCGCAAACUGGAAGCCGUGAGGUUGCGUGAUGUCAACUACAGCUGUUGUAUCUCGGAUCACCCGUGCGCCGUCGUCGAUUUUCUGGUAUGAAGUAUGAACUAUGAACUGUUUUCGUUAUCGCGUCGCGGACAGCACUGUAAAUAAGAUACGCGGAAAACGGUGCAACGAUUAAGGCGCCUAACGCGAUCAGACGACAGUCAUAACUCAUUGAUUGAAGAGUGCUGAGUGAACCAUAUUUUAUUAAAAUAUGAACGCAGUCGUGACAGCGAUUGAAAAUUGCACGACAAACGAGUAACAACAGUAACAACAGAACGCUUCGAACGAAUUCUAAAGACUGCUGUGCUGACGAACGCGGUUUAGUUUUAGUGUUAACCUACCGGCCAUCUACACCCCCACCAUCGUCACUACCCUCCCAAAACUAAAACUACAUCGUAACCGUAGCGCUAUUGCGUCCCGACGACGGCGGCGGCGAUAGGCUACAGGCACCGCACCGAACCCCGCUCACCGACGGUAGGUCAAUCGCAGACCGCAGUCUCGUUUGCAACUCCGCGGUCUAUCUACGUGCUACGACCGAGACGCUGACCACAAAUGACGAUUAUUUUCGAAUUCACGAUGCUUAGUCCACAGUGAACACGGUCUUACCGUCCAUUUUUUUUUUUUUUAUUGCUCGUCCGUCGUUACGCCGCUGUCUCGCAAAGUCGCGACGCGCGGUGCAUGUGUUUCGGCCGUGCGCACAAGUGUCAGUCCGUCGCGGUUCGCGCCAGUUGGUAUUGUGUUAGCCGCACAAGCUCGCCUCGCCCGAAAGAUUUGUUCCAAACUCGGUUAGCUCGCGGGUUUUCGUCGUCUCGAUCAUGUGAUCGGUUUAGCACGUGUUUGUUUCCGCCGUCGGUGGUAUUAAUUUUCACGCGGUCGUUUAUGUGCGACUAUGGUGUACCAUAGUCGUGCUAUCCGAACAUUCCGAAUCAGUCAAUUAGGCGAUUUACUUGACAUAUCCGCAACUUCGUCAUCCCCCUUCCCCUCCACAUCGUCCUCUUCUUGAAUAGCCGCCAUAUUUGUUUGUCGUACGCGCAAUCCAUCGGUUCAUUUGCCGUCGAACCGUGGUAGCGUGAGUAUCUGCGCCUGACUUGGUUACCUUCCGAGCCUGUUUCUUUCGUGGUCAUGGAAGACGCCGAAGAAUCGCCUCGGGACGAGGGCCAACCGUCUCAAAACGACGAUCCCGUUCCCGAAGAAGAUCAACAUUACUUCGACAAAUUGCUGUUGCAUCUUUGGUCGUUCUUGCCGUUUCUCACUAAAGUGAUCGAUAGCAGCGAACUGUUGAAAAUUCAACCCGAUCAGGUGCCCAAGUUGCAGUAUUUGUAUCAACUGGUGGACGCCAAAAGGUUGUCGCCAGAUCGAUUAAAAAUUUGUAAAAAAGUAUUUCACGAUUUAUAUGAUAGAUACAGUAGUCAGUUAAACUACUAUUUGCCUCCAGAUUUUAAAACUAGUUGGCUGAAAGAAACCAAGUUAAAUGACAAUGAACAUAAAGUAUCUUCAGAAGUAAAAUGUUCUUUUAUUAAAAGUAAUCAAAACCAAAAUCGUAAGUCUGAACUUUCAAAUAAUAUAUCAGUACCAAGUACUAAUCACGAUAAGAUGGUAAAUAAUCAACCAGAUUCUCUAGAAGAUUUAACAUCAAAGAAUGAGAAUACUAUUGAUAAAAGCUCAAAGAAUAUUAUAAUUAGCGAAUCAUCUAGUAGUAAAAAUUUACUUGAUGAUAAUUCGCCUAAAAAGAAUUUACCUGAGUUUUCAGACAGCCGUUUAAGGCUUAAUAAAGUAAUUGGUUUUGCAGCCAAUGCUUCCAUUGAAAAACUUAAUAAGUCUGAUGCAUCUAUUCCACGUGCUGAACUUACUACACAAAUUUUUAAUGAUAUCGUCAAACAAAAAAACAAUCCAGUUCUUUAUAAGGAUAUGUUGAAAGGCAUCAACAUGGACGAUAUUGAUGUUAACUAUGUAAAAGAGGUAAUAGAAGGUAUAAAAAAAGCUAGUUGUGUAGAACCUGUUCAACCGCCACCAUUACCACCAUCAGAUCUCAUGGAUUUGGGAACGUCAACAAUAAAUUUAAUAUCGACCACUGAACAAAAUCCCCAUAAAAUAGUUACUCCUGAUAAUAUUUUAUCAAGUAAAUCUACAAGCAUUAAUCGUCCACCAUCAGACACUGAGUUAAAUACAUUGCAUAAGACUGGUUCAUCAAAUGAUACAAGUCAAAAGUUUAUAUCAGCAUUAAAACCAGGUACAUUAAUUGAUCUUGUAAAUUCAAAAGUAAGUCGUACUUCAUUGCAUAUUGAGUCUCUUAGACCAGUUAUCAAAGCAAAUGGAAAAAGUAAUGAUAAUAAAAUAUCUGUUGCUGACAUAAAUGUACCCCGUGAUCCAAGAAUAAGAAAUAAAUCUUUAUUAAGUUCUGAAAACAGUAUUAGUCCAAUUAAUACACAUGCUUCAUUAGUACAAACUGCUUUUUCAACUAAUUCUCCACAUCUUUUUGCUUCAAAUAUAGACAAUUCAAAUUCCAUAUUUGAGACUAAAGCACAGGAAAUUUCUGGAUAUAAUGGUUUAAGUCUACCAAAUCAUACGAAUAACCAACUGCUAAAUCUACCGUUUCCUUCAGAACAUAAUGUUGGUGGUUCUAUUCUGUUUAAAAAUAGACCAUUGUCUCAAAAUCAAAACAGACAAAAUCGUAAUGAUUUUAAUCAAUUCAGUAAUUCUAGCCAAAUACAUGUUACUCCAUCCCAUAGUGAACCUAUGGUAAAAUAUUGUGAUCCAGUGCCAUACAAGUCUCACAGUAAUGAUACAAUUUCUAAGAGAGAUCCUAGGUCAUUUAAAAAUAUUCCAGUAACAAAUAGAGUUCAGUUUCCUAAUUAUAAAGAAUAUAGAGAAGCCAAAUAUGGCAAAGAACAAAAUAAAAGUUUUGAAAAAAAUAAACAAAUGAACCAAGUUCAUGAGAAAAUUGAAAAAAAUAACAUAAUUGAUUCUUCUUAUAAUACUUUUGGAAUUGUAAAUGAAACAGCUAAUAUUAAAGGUUUUAAGAUUCCAAAAAUUAAACAUAAUGGGGAUCUUGUAGAUAAUAGUUCAGUAAAGGACUCUAAAACUAAAGUGGUUGAGAGUAACAAAAAUAAUGCAGAUAUCUUAAAUACUGAGAAAAUUGUCAAAGUACCUAAAAAAACAAAUCACUUCUAUCACGCCUUAAAACAAUGUACAGUAGAUGGUCAGAAAACUGAAAUAAUAAAAAGUAAUGAUUCUAAAAAGGACACCAAAAAAACUGAAAAAAUCAAUAAUAGUCAUACUGAUAAAAACAUGGAAAUCAAAAUAACUGAAAAUAGUAAUACAGAUAGAAAUCUUCAAAUGAAAACAGCAGUUAUUAAUAAACCGGAUAAAGAUGAAAGUUGUCCAGAUAUUAACCUUGAAAAAAUUACUGUUAACAUUCCAAGUAAAGUUGAUGAUAAAGAUAAACUUCCUAAAUUUGAACAAAAUGAUAAUUUAAUAGAACCUACUAAACAUAAUAAGCCAAAGAAACCAAAAAAAUAUUCUAAAGAAAAAGAAUUUGAAAAAAUUGUAAAAGAAGCCGUUGAAAAUUCAUAUAAUGAUGCAUGUGGUCCAAGAACUAGAACAAGAUGUUCUCUAUUGAAAAAUAAAGAAACUUUAAAAACUUCCAAAGUAAACAACUCAAAACCUAUGUUUGAAAAAAAAAGUUCAUCGAAAAAUAAUAAAAAAUUGGAAUUUGGUGAAUGUAGUAAGAAUCUUGAUGAUAAUUUAUCAAUUCCAAGUAUGAUAGAUGUUAGUGAAUCAGUUGAAAUUGGACAUAAUAUUAUAUCAUCUACUUCAAAAGAACAAUCAGAAGUUGUAAAUUCUACAACAAACGAAAUCUUGUGUAAAAGUCAAGAAGAAAAUAUAGUUUCAUCUAAUGAGAUUAAUUCUACAGCAGAUAACCCUAAAAUUAAUGAAAAAGUUUUAAUUGACAUUUUGAAAAAUCCAAAAUUUAUGACUGUCAUAAGUUUAUUUCAAGAUGAAAAUAAAUUGGAGAAACUUAACAAAUUGUUAGAAAGUUCAAUUGUUGGUAGCAAUGAUGAUAAAUUAAAUAAAAAUAUAUCAAAUGAAGAACAACUUGAUAUUGACAGACAAAAAAAGAUUAAAAGAAAAAUGAAAAAAGAAAAAAAGAAACAAAGAAAAAUGAAAAAAAUUCUUGGUGAAGAAUCUUCCAAUGAAGAAAGUUUAAAUGAUAUUUCAGAUGAUAAUAAUUUUAAUCAAGCAGAAAACAUAGUAAUAACUAAAAAGAAAAAGAAUAUGAAUGAAUUAGAUGAAGGUAAUACUAAUUCUGGAAAUAUUCUUGGUUAUUCAUCAACUGAACAACAUAAAUUAAAAUCUGUUAAACGUAAAAUAUCUAAUGAAAGCUAUGGAAAUUUUGAAAUUCUUAAAGAUAAAUGCAAACCUGAAUUAAAAGACCUUAAAAUUGUUAUUGCUAAAUUUGAUAAAAAUAUUAAAAGAAAAGAAAACUGUAGUUCAGAUAUUACCAGUACAAGCAAUGAUAGACUAACCAAUAAUGAACCAAUAAAUGUUGUAAAAGCACAAAAAAUAAAACCUAAAAAGCCAUUUUUAGGCCCAUUAAGUGUUAAAUUAGCAAGACAAAAAAUGGAAAUCAAACAGAAUAAUUCUAAAAAAUCAUUGAACAAUAAGAACCAAUUUAACUUUAAAACUAAAACAAGUGAAAAGGGAUUUUCAUCAUUUUCUAGUGAUUAUAAAAAAAAUGGAAAACUACUUACUGAUACCUUGAAUAGUAUGAUGAACGAACAACCAGUAGUUAUAUUACAUCCUUUAAUAAAUCCUGAAGCAUAUGAUGAAGUUGUUUUCAAUAAAUCAGUUGUACAGAAUCCUAAUACAUCAACUGUUAUUGAACCAAAUGUUAAUGUUAACAAACCAGAACUCAAAAAGGCUAGGUUGUCAGAAUUAGAUAAACUUCAUGCUGAUAUUAGUGAAAUGUUUGAUUGUGAUGCUGUGUUAAAUGCUUCAAAUAUACGUCAAUGUAGAACCAAUAAACAAAUUGAUUAUGUAAAUACAAGUGUAGCUCCGUCAAAGAAAAAGAAAGCAUCUAAUAUUGAACAAUUGGAUUGUAACGAUGAUCAAAACAAGUUAAUUUGUGGUAUAGAAAAACCAAAAAACACAAAAAAAAAAGUCAAAAAAUCUACACUUAAAUUAAAUACAAAGAAUAAAUGUGUUAAAGAGUCAAUGGCAAACAAAACUUUACCAUCAAUAAUUGUAAAAACUGCAGUUUCAAAAAAAGUAUCUGAUAAAGAACCGAGUAAAUUAAAAAAAAAAAAAAAGGAAAACAAGAAAUCAAAGAAGUCUAAUAACCAAUUGAAUAAUUUCAUUAAUAACGUGGUUUUGAAUGAUGAAUCUGAAUUGAAUAAUCUGUCUAGCAAUAAAAUAUCUACUGAAGUAAUGCCUAAAGUUUUAUCAGAAAAUGAAUUUAAAGACAAAUCUUAUUUUCAAACUACUGAUAACAUUUUGGAAUGUAAAUUUUGUAAUUACAAAGAUAAAGGAUUAAAUAUUGUUCGUCAUUAUAAAGACCAACAUCGUGGAGAGGAAGUAUUACCGUCCAGAUUGCCCAAGAAUUGUACUGAAUUAUUAAUACAUCAGUCAAUAAAAGAAAAUUUUGGACAUCAAAAUUCCCAAGAUUCAAAACCAUUUUGUCUUGGGUCUGUAAAUGUUAAUUAUACUUGUGUCUUUUGUCAAGUUAUUUUUCAUGAUUAUUUUAAAUUUCAUGAUCAUAUAACUGGUCAUACUGGAGAAUAUAGAUUCAAAUGUAAAAUGUGUGAUCAAAUUUAUUCUAAUGAAGAUGAAUUGGAUAAACAUAUUUUAGAACACACUGACUAUGAUAAAACUAAUGGAAUUUCACAUCUAAUAUAUCCAAAUCCAAUGUGGAGUAAGAUAGUUUUUGGAUAUUUAUGUUCCUUUUGCUAUUAUGUUCAACUUAAUUACAAAAAUAUGGUCAAACAUAUGACAUCGCGACAUUUUUAUGAAGAUAAAAAAUUGAAUGGUCAUUGGACAGUUAUACGUAUAAGUAUGUCUAUGGCAGAUAAAAAUUAUAUUGAUUCUUUAAUCAAUUUAAAUAAUUUGGUAGGAUGUUUACCUCCUACACAGGCUGAUCAAGUUAUUUCUAAGUAUAAUGACAAUGAAGAUCAAAACCAACAAUUAACUGUAAGAGAUAUAAAUAUUCUACCAAAAGAGCAAAUGCAACUUGAUUCCGUUUUGUCUAUUAAAAAAGAAUCUAAUAGACAAAAUAUUAAUGCAAUUCCACCAGUGUCAAUUAUUGACGAGAAUUCAUCAGAAUUAUCUAUUUUUGAAAAUCCACCAGACUUAACUAUUGAAAAUAAUUCAGCAAAAUUAACUGUUGUCGAAACUCCUUCAGAGUCAAAUGUUGAUGAAAAUCUACCAAAAGAGCGAAUACAACUUGAUACCAUUUUGUCUAUUAAA